AUGUCUUUGGUGGCCGGCUUGGACUACCGUGGGAAAGCCUCCAUGAGAGAGCGCCUGGAGGCGGUCUGGGGGGCGGAAGGGGGCAGGGGUGAAGGCCCGGACCACGCCACUCCCGCCGUUGCUCUGCAGGGCCCGAACAGCCCGAGCGACAGCUCCAACGGGGGCUCUCGUCCACGGGAUAUAUCGAACACCGCACCUGCCUUGUGCGACUUCGUGCAGGCGGAAGCCGCUCUCCAAGUUUGCGCUGAGGGCCUGGGCCCUGGUCGCAAUGCGCGCCGUCAAUACUACUUUGAGAAGAGGACGGCCGCUCGCGCCACCGCUCGUGCCAAAAAAAAGAAGGCCAGUGCAAUGCACGUCCAGAGCACGGCCUCUCUUUCCCAGCGGAAGAUGCCCGGGGGUUACAUCGGCAGUCGCAUCAAAUCCGAGCGCCCACCCCGGCGAGAAAUCAUCGGGUGUGCUAAUGGAGCGGCUGCGUACAUCUGUGACUCAGAAGGGAGGCUCGUCAUCUACAGGUCGUUCGCAGGGCCAGCCACUGUCCGCGCCAACUCUGCGGCUAUGGCUGCUGUAGAGUACCUGCAACACAGUGGCGUCAAGCCGACAUAUUCCGGCUCCACUCGAGGAAACUUCCUGCAGUAUUAUUUUACUUUGCAUCGGGACAAUCAGGUGAGGCCACGCAUGUCUCUCUACUACUUAAAACACAUCGACGUUGUGCGCGAGCUCGGGAAUCUCCUCAAGCCAGUGGUCGCCCUCAUAAACGGUAUCUUCAAGUCUCGAUUUCCCGACCUAUAUGCCCAUUACGCCGCCACUCUCGACUACGUUCUGGAAAAGGAUGCAGGCCUGGAGGCCCUGUUCUACCCAUUUGCAUCAUUUGCGCUCAACGCCGGCAUCGUAGUCACCUUGCCCCACCUCGACUCCACCAACUACGGUCCCGGCUUGUGCUGCAUCAUGCCGUAUGGAACAUUUGACCCUGCGCAAGAUUGUCGAAUUGGCAUCGCCGAGCUUGGCUAUGAGAUCGAGGUAGGCCCCGGAGUGCCUGUGUUCAUUCCAUCGGCGAUGUUUACCCACUACAACACCAUCCUGAUCUCCAAGGGGAUGCGAGGGUCUCUUGUGUUUUGGACUGGCGGCUCAAUAUUCCAGUGGGUUGAGCUAGGUGGCAAAAUGGUUUCUGAGCUUUCUGGUCCUGAGCAUGAGGUGUAUAUCAAAGGCCUUGCUGCUCGAAUUUUGGCCGGUCUUGCUCGGUUCCCUAUGCACAUGUAG